AUGAUUCGUAUUUCAAUUAGAAGAUUGGCCGGAGGCUCAGCAAAACCACACUGGGGAGAGCCUCCGAAGCACAGAUGGCAGCCGUUUUUGCUAGACCGUAUGCAUUACGGAGAACACCCAACCUAUAACGGAUUCGUGCUGUUGAUGCGAAACCUGAGGCCAAAAAUCGAGAAGGUACUGAGUUCCACUUUUUCGACGAUAUCGUCAAUGUCGUUCGCAGUGUAUAACCCAGUGAGAAGAGUGGUUCUAAGGCACAACCCUGACAUCAGAUACCAAUUCGUGGCACUGACGGCUUUCUUUUUAACGACGAGGGCAAUAACACACUACUACGGAAGCGUAUACCAGGGCUUAGUGGAUCUGGGAAACAUGCUAAUGCUGGGAACGGCAGACGACUUGAACGAGCAGGGCUUCUGGAACUCGAAGGCGGAGGACAAGCAGGAGCGGGAAAAGUACUUUGAAAAGGAGCAGAAUAGACUGAACAAGCUGUGGGAAAACGCGCUCGAGAGGGCGACGGAGAGUAGAAGCUUUGAGGAGCUGUGCGCGCACGUGAUACCAAGGCACUACGAAGUCCCAACGGGAGUGGUCCCGCCAGUCUCAUGGAGGUUCAACAUGAUCCAGUACGGAAAGGACAACGCGGACAGCCACACCUUCGACACGCCAUCGCACGAGCAGCCGCUGAGGUCGCUGGCACUCAACUUCACGUACAACAACCUCUCGGGCGACUGGGGAGACUACAUAAACAGGCAGGACAACAAGGGGCCGCUGAUGAGGCCGGCGAGGCAGAUGUUCACGGACAUCUUCAUCCCGGGAACAAAGUGA